AUGCAGCAAAGUCUUGCCCGAAGUAGACCCACGCUUUUCUCUUCUCCCCAAUUUUCUUUCACGAGGCCGCUGGCGACUCAUCGCGACUACUUGACUCACAACACAGUCAACAACCGCUGCGCCCACCCCGCGCCUGCCACCACCCCGCCCUCGCGUCUCUACACACAAAGGCGCAUACCACGCGACUACGCCCCCCGCAACCUCGCCCCCAGAGUCACGACUCGCCCGUACAACGUGCGCACCUACAACGCCGUGUCCGACUCCCUCCAAUCCCUCGACGCGUCCGCGCGCCAAACCCUCAUCAUGGAAGACCUCACAAACACACUCAAGACACUCGGUCUCUCCACCGUCCCGCAAGAACCCAACACCUACCCCGCCCUCAACCCCUUCGACAUCUACCGCAGCCACAUCACCGAGCUCCUCGCGCCCAUCUCCGGCGUCGACAAGGCAGUCAUCUACCGCUCGCUCUCAUGGACGUCCAAGGCCGAGCACGGCGACCUGCAACUCGCGGUCCCUGCUCUGCGCCUGAAGAAGAAGCCCGACGAGAUGAAGGCGUUUACGCAGGAACUCGCGGACAAGUUCCCCGAGUCGCCGCUGGUCAAGAAGCCGCUGGUCACGAACACGAGUCUGGGCUUCUUUUUCAAUGCCGAGCCGCUGACGCAGCUGGUGCUGCCGAUGGUGCUCAAGUCGGGGGCCGAGUAUGGGUUUAAUAGGAAUUUGGGGCUGAGGAAUCCUGAGGAUCCGGCGCAGGGCAAGAAGAAGAUGAUUGUCGAGUUUAGCUCGCCGAAUAUUGCGAAGCCGUUUCAUGCGGGGCACUUGCGGAGUACCAUCAUUGGUGGCUUCCUCGCGAAUCUGUACGAGGGCGCGGGAUGGGACGUUGUAAGGAUGAACUAUCUGGGUGACUGGGGAAAGCAGUACGGUGUGUUGGCGAUUGGAUUUGACCUGUUUGGCAACGAGGAGGAGCUGGUCAAGAACCCCAUUGGCCAUCUGUACGACAUCUACGUCAAGGUCAGCACCAUCCAGCACGAGGAGGCCGAACAGGUCAAGGCGCUCAAGGCCGAGGCUGCAAAGCUGAAGGAAGAGGGCAAGGACGCAUCGGAGCAAGAAGCCAAGAUCACCAAGAUCGAGACCGAAGGCAUCGACGAGCAGGCGCGGAAAUACUUCAAGGGCAUGGUCGACGGCGAGCCCAAGGCCCUCGGCAUCUGGAAACGCUUCCGCGACCUCUCGAUUGAAAAGUACAAAGCCACAUAUGCGCGCCUGAACAUCCGGUACGACGACUACAGCGGCGAGUCACAGGUCAAGGACGAGAGCAUGGAGCUCGCCGCCAAGAUCAUGUGGGAAAAGAAGGUGUGCGAGGACUCCGAGGGCGCCGUGAUUGUCGACCUCACCAAGCACUCGAAGAAGCUGGGCAAGGCGGUCGUCAAGAAGAAGGACGGCACGUCGCUGUAUCUCACGAGGGAUAUUGGCGAGGCGAUCCAGCGUGUCGAGAAGUAUCACUUUGACCACAUGAUCUACGUCGUCGCCUCCCAACAAGACCUGCACCUCGCGCAACUCUUCAAAAUCGAAGAACUAAUGGGCCGCACCGACAUCUCCUCGCGCUGCACACACAUCAACUUCGGCAUGGUCCUCGGCAUGUCGACGCGCAAGGGAACCGCCAAAUUCCUCGACGACAUCCUGCGCGACGUCGGCGAGAAAAUGCACGACGUCAUGCGCUCCAACCAGGCCAAAUACGAACAAGUCGAGAACCCAGACCAAGUCGCCGAUACACUGGGCAUCAGCGCCGUCAUGGUCCAGGACAUGAAGGGUAAAAGGAUUAACAAUUACACGUUUGACAUGGACCGCAUGACGAGCUUCGAGGGGGAUACAGGCCCCUACCUACAAUACGCACACGCCCGUCUCUGCUCGAUAUACCGCAAAGCCCUCGCCGCGGACCCCAGUCUAGAGAAGGUCGACCUCGCCAGCGCAGACCUGAACUUACUCACAGAGCCGCACGCAAUCGACCUCGUGCGCCAACUCGCAUCUUGGCCCGACACGUUCCUCAACACCAUCAAGACGCAGGAGCCCACCACCGUGCUGACGUACCUGUUCAAGAUGGCGCACGCGCUCAGCUCGAGCUACGACCACUUGCAGGUGGUGGGCACCAAGGAGCGCGGCGUCAUGCUGGCGCGGCUGGCGCUGUAUGUGGCGGCGCGGCAGGUGUUGAGUAAUGGCAUGCGGGUGUUGGGGUUGAGUCCGGUGGAGAGGAUGUAG